AUGUUCUCUGGCAGUUCACACGUAUCGAUCACCGACGCAGCAGACUAUGAUUUCGAAAAUGCGGAGAAUGCAGCCAAAUGGAAGGGCCUUUUCACCACGUCACUGCGAAAGGUGCUGGAGCAGGUGCAUCCUUCUCUGCAGGCUCGGGAGGAUGCGUUGCUGUACGUCGAGAGCCUCUGUCUGCGGUUGUUAGCGACGCUGUGUGCAAAGCCACCGCCGCACACGGUAAUGGACGUAGAAGAACGCAUCAGUCGUACCUUUCCGAACCCGAUCGACCGGUGGGCCUUGUUUGAGGCUCGGGAAACUAUAGACAAGUCAAAAAAGAAGAAACCGGUGCUACCAGUUGAUCGUGUGCAUACGUUGCUACAAAAGGAGGUGCUGCAGUACAAAAUCGAUAGCUCUGUGUCACUGUUUCUGGUGGCCGUCCUGGAGUACAUAUCCGCCGACAUCCUGAAGCUGGUCGGGUACUAUGUGAAGAACAUACGCCAUAUAGAGAUCACCCGCGAGGACGUUGAGGUUGCCAUGUGUGCGGACAAGGUACUGAUGGAUAUGUUCUAUCAGGGUCAAAGUUCCCACUCGAUGGCACCAAGUCCGCUGCCACCAACCCCACGUGCCAGUCUCAGCUACGAGGAAGUCGUGAAAGAGCUGAUCCACGACGAGAAACAGUAUCAACGUGAUCUGCACAUGAUCAUCCGAGUAUUCCGGGAGGAGCUAGUUAAGAUAGUUAAGGACCCGAAAGAGUUGGAUUUAAUAUUUUCCAAUAUAAUAGACAUUUACGAAGUAUCGGUGACGUUGCUGGGAUCGCUAGAAGAUGUGAUAGAAAUGUCCCAGGAGCAGACACCGCCCUGUAUUGGUAGUUGUUUUGAAGAAUUGGCGGAAGCGGCAGAGUUCGAUGUGUAUGCUAAGUACGCCAAGGACAUUACCUCAGUGACGGCCAAGGAAGCGUUGAGCAGUUUACUAGCACGACCGGAGGUAGCCAGCUCACUGAUGUCGGCCGGUCACGGUUUCAAGGAGGCGGUCAAAUUUUACCUACCAAAACUACUGUUAGGCCCGAUUGGGCAUGCCCAGCUCUACUUGGACUAUAUUAAGGUUUUACUACAGCUGAGUCCCUCACAGGAAGACAAGGAAAGCUUCGAGCAAGUGCAAGGACUGCUGAAACCCCUGCAGUGUGAACUGCAGGGCAUAUCUUCGUUGCUGCCGAAAGAAUACUUUACAAGAGUCAACAGUCGGGCCCGGCGCCAGUCUGCAAUCGAGAAAACGCGUGAUCUACAGAACACGGUCGAACACUGGGACAGGGACGUGGGUCAGUGUUGCAACGAGUUCAUCCGAGAGGAUACGCUAGCGAAGCUGAGCUCGGGUAAGCGCCAGACAGAACGCAAAGUGUUCCUGUUCGAUGGAUUACUGGUGUUGUGCAAAGCUCGGCGUCAGAUCGUGCCCGGCAAUAACUACGACUACCGGCAGAAGGAGCGGUUCUUUAUGCGUAAGGUCGAAAUUAUCGACCGUCCGGAUACGGAUGAGCUGAAGCACGCAUUCGAAAUAUCACCUCGCGAGCAGCAGAGCGUUGUACUGAUCACGAAGAAUGCCCAGCACAAGAACGACUGGAUGGCGGAUCUGAUUAUGCUUAACACGAAAUCGAUGCUGGAGCGCAUCCUGGACAGCAUUCUGCUCGAUAUCGAGAAAAAGCACCCGCUGCGGCUGCCGAGUCCGUCGAUUUAUGCCUUCGCCGUUCCCGAUAGCCCAUCUAACAUCGUGCUGGAGGAGCGUGAAGGGACGGGCGUGCCCCUCAUCAAGGGGGCCACGCUGUGCAAGUUGAUUGAACGGUUGACGUACCACAUCUACGCGGACCCGAUGUUCGUGCGUACUUUCCUCACGACCUACCGGUCGUUCUGUUCCCCGCAAGAUCUACUACAGCUACUGGUUGAACGGUUCGAUAUUCCGGACCCGGGAGUGGUGUACGAUGCGGCCAACGAGAAAGACAGUGGCUUAGGUGGCGGGGCUGGAUGCGGCAUUUUGGGGCUCGGUAGUGAGACGGACAAAUUUUCACACCACAAAAACUCGCAACGGGAGGACUGGAAGCGGUACAAGAAGGAGUACGUGCAGCCGGUUCAGUUUCGUGUGCUGAACGUGCUGCGUCACUGGGUAGAUCAUCACUUUUACGACUUUGAGCGUGAUGCCGAGUUGCUCGAGUGUCUCGAUCGGUUCCUUGAAACGGUACGGGGAAAAUCGAUGCGAAAGUGGGUUGAUUCGGUGACGAAAAUCGUCCAACGCAAGAAAGAAAGUGAGGACAAUCACCGGCAAAUAACGUUCGCUUUUGGCCACAGCCCUCCGGCGAUCGAGUAUCAUUUACCUCUGAACAACGAGGUGGAGUUCAAUUUGCUGAUGUUGCAUCCGCUAGAACUGGCCCGCCAACUGACCCUGUUGGAGUUUGAGAUGUACAAAAAUGUCAAACCAUCCGAAUUGGUCGGUUCCGUGUGGACGGGAAAAGACAAGGAAACUACUAGUCCUAAUUUAUUAAAAAUAAUGCAUCACACUACGAACUUCACUCGCUGGAUCGAGAAAUCGAUCAUCGAAGCGGAAAAUUUUGAGGAGCGUGUGGCGAUGGCGAGCCGCGCCAUCGAGGUGAUGAUGGUGCUGCAGGAUUUGAACAACUUCAACGGCGUGCUGUCGAUCGUGUCCGCGUUCCAGGGUGCGGCCGUUCACCGGUUGAAGCUGACGCUCGAGGAUCUGCCCAAGCGUCACCAGCAGGUGCUGGCCGAGUGUCGCGAGCUGAACAAUUCGCACUUCAAGAAGUACCAGGAAAAGCUGCGCUCAAUCAAUCCACCCUGUGUGCCAUUUUUCGGAAUGUACCUCACCAACAUUCUACACAUCGAGGAAGGCAACCCGGACUUCCUGCCGAACACGGAGCUGAUUAACUUCUCCAAGAGAAGGCGCGUGGCGGAGAUUACCGGCGAAAUACAGCAAUAUCAGAAUCAACCUUACUGUUUAAAAGUAGACAAUAGCAUAAGGCAUUUCCUAGAAAAUUUAGAUCCUUUUAAAGGAAUGAGUGUGACGGAGAUUCAGAACUAUCUCUAUGAAGAGAGCAAGCGUAUUGAGCCCAAGAACUGUCGUCAGCCGUUGAAAUUCCCUCGUAAAUGGCCGGACAUUCCGCUGAAAUCACCCGGUAUCAAACCAUCAUCGCGACGCAAUAAUAGCUCCGCCAACUCGUCGAUGACGCUGCCGGGUACCUUGCUGUACAGCAAGACGUCGCUGGUGACCUACAGUGAUACGGGCGAACAGUCGCCUCCAGCUUCAUCGUCGUCUUCCGUGCAUGACUACUCCAUCUUCGCGCCGGUUAACAUCCACUCGUCGUCUUCCGGCACGUCCUCGCUUUCGUCAUUGUAUUACCAGCAGCAGCAGCAGCAGCAUUUGCAAAACCAACAGCCAUUGCAACACUCCCAACAGUCGUUUCUCCACACACAGUUCCAGCAGAAUCCGCAAGGGCAGCAUCAUCACGGGUUCCACCAUGGCUAUCAGGCUACUGCCGGUUCUUCCUCGCAAUACACACAUCACAACUCCCAUCACCAGCAGCAGCAACACCACCACCAGCACCAUCAUCAUCAUCACCAUCAUCACGCCUUCUCGCAGUCGAUAGCGAACCUGUCGACGGCGGGUGGUGACAGUCAGAUGGCACCGGAGAUUCCGCGUCGCUCGGACAGCAUCAUACUGACCAACACAAACCAUCUCGCCGCGGGUGGCAGUUUGUCGGAGAGCAGUGGCAGCUACAACAAUGCUGGCAAGCUGCUACCGAGCCCCCGCUAUCCUUCCGCCUCGAUGACGGCCCUGUCAUCGUCCUCGUUCUCAUCGGCUGCCUCUAGUGCGGGAACGGCCGUUGGCGCUUCUUCCUACUCGAUUGGUGGCAGUCUCUACAGUGGUUCCAGCAGUGAAGCAUCCGGCUACGGAACAGCCAGUUCGGUAACGUCCUCCUCGGCGGCCAGUAUUGUAUCGAUGUCUCACAACGAUGCCCUGGGCGGGGUACUUGGCGUUAGCCACCAGACAUCGCAGGUAGUAGCCGCUGGAGCUGUUAGUCUCUCAUCGGACAUUCCACCGACCAUUAGUCCGCGAACCGACAAACCGCAACCACCGCCACUACCGGGUGUCGCCGGUGGUGGAUCCGGUUCCGCUGUAGUUGGCAAUAAUCCUAACAGUGCUAGUAGCAACAGCAGCACUGCUAGCAGCAACAGUACUAGUACGAUUAUGGCGAACAUUAGCACGGUGACCACUAGCUUGGCCAGCAGCGUUGAGAGAGUUACUAGUUGUAACUUUAGACAUACAUCCAAUUCUAUCCAAUUCCAAUUCAGUACAUCCAAUUCUAUCAAAAUUCAAAACUGUGAUUUCCCUGGUGCCGCCACGUCGUCGGCCAUCGGUGGCAGUGCAGCUACUGGUGGUGGUGCCGGUGCCGGUGGUGCCCUACAAUCGACCACUGGCGGUCGUCCUGCGUCCUGCGAGCAUUCACCCGUCUUUCCCUCCAGCCCGAAAGUCCAUCUGCCAUUCCAGCAGCAGUCCGUAACGACACCCCCUGGUCAUCACAACCACUAUCACCAGCAUCACCACAUAGCGCACCAUCAACAUCAACAUCCCGAGGUGUCCAGUGCAGCUGGUGACACGCAUGGACAGGGGUGUCCGCCUCAGUACAACAAUGGUGGCGCCGUCGGUGCUGCUUCGCCUUCCGCCACCAGCAGCUUACCCUGUCAGCUCUGCUCCACGACACCUACCGAUGGUGGACCAUUGCCGGCCGCCGGUAACGAUUUCGGCCCCAUACCGAUCUCACCGCACGUCAACGUACCAAAUACACACAACGUCUUACCGCCCCUGCCGCCUCCACUACCUCCUAGGGUUAAACGAAAAGAAUCUUCCAAUGAUGCAGCCCAAUCGUCUCAAAUACGGCAGGCGCCGGAUGCACCGACGCUACCACCGAGGGACGUGAGCCCACCACCGUUACCACCAAGAACGCACACACAGUCGCACUACCAUUUCGGGGUCAGUAGUCACAGUAUGACAACGCUGUUUCACAGUAUCGGUCAAGUUGCCGGACAGUGUGCGCCGACCGGCACGAUGGACCCUGCGAGUUGGAAUCAUUCCUCAUUAUAUGCGAAGGAUGAAUCACCGUCCUCGUCCUCUUCCUCGUCGACGCUGACCCGGGACAACUUGAAUCAACACAAUCAGCAAAGCAACGAACAGCGAUUGCUAAUGCUGCCGCACACCAGCACGAUCAUGAUGCGGCGCAACUCGGCCAUGGAUCGGGCGGCCAAAGAGAACAUUCCCAGUAUAGCCGGCUCUUCGUCACUGUCCGGUUUGGCGACGAUUGCCAGCAGCGGAACCGGUGGUCCCAGUGUGGGGCCGCCACCACCGCCCCCUCUGGCGGUAUCCUCCAGCGGUGCAAUCGGAGCUAGUGCUGGAAGUGUGCAGCCGGCGGGUGCCGUUGGAAGCAGCCCAUCGGCAGUCAAAAAUAAAUCGGUCCAAAACUCCCCCAACGCCGGUCAACAACAUGCACAAGGCAACGUUCUCUGUCGAAGGGCCAGCACCAACAUUUCGCCACGGUUUUCACCCGGUGAAACUACACCGAAACUACCGCCAAAGCCGAAGCAAUCCAGUCUAAGUUCAGACCGCACGAUGUUCCCGUACCCCAGCACCAACUGACCCAACG